GCGGUCGUCAGUAGAUGUGCCACGCUGUUCCUUUAGAAGUGUUGGUGUGCAACCGGGCAAUCUAAACGCAAUGAAGUACUACGUGCGGGAAGCCACGGUCAGCCUGCUGCUUCUACUGCUUCUAGUUCAUUCGUGUGCAUGCGCAAGAAUUCUGGGUAUCAACCCGACGCCGUCCAUCAGUCACCAGCUGCCAUUUCUUAUAAUCAUGCGAGCUCUCGCAGAAAGGGGGCAUCAAGUCACUAUCAUCACCACCGAUCCUAUCAAGGACCCGCCUCCAAACAUGACUCAGAUAGACAUGUCGUUCAUGUACGACAUGUGGAAAGAAGAUAUCGAUUUCUUAAAAAAUUCUCUCAUAUCCAAAUCAGAACUGAUGGUCAUUAUUGAAGAGCAUGUUAAGAAGGCGUGUGAUGCCCAACUAAAAAUUCCAGGUCUGAAAGAACUUCAAUUUGGAGAGAAAUUCGAUUUGGCGAUAAUUGAGACGUUCUUAUACGACUGUCACUUUGGCCUCGUGCAUAGACUAGGUCCUCCACCAGUUAUUGGUUUCUGGUCAGCUGAGCUAUACCCACUUUUACAUAUCAUCCUGGGCAACCCAAUUAAUCCUGCUUAUUACCCAGACUUUGAGACAAGCUACACGGACCAUAUGGCGUUCCUGGAAAGAGCUGACAAUGCCUACGAGAUGCUGCAAUCCAUCAGGCGGUUCGAAAGAAUUUCGACAUCACUGGAAGAGGUGAUGAGAGAACAUUUUGGAAGUGACCUGCCCAGCAUCCUCGAUAUGCAGUACAAUAUCAGCCUCUUGCUGGCCACUACUCAUUUCUCUUCUGAUUAUCCGAAGCCAAUGCAACCUUCUGUGAUACAGAUGACAGGACUUCAUGUUAAGGGAAAGCCGAAUCCCCUGCCAAAGGAGAUACAGUCUUUUCUGGAUGAUGCGGAACAAGGGGCCAUAUACUUCAGUCUUGGGUCUAAUAUGAAGAGCAACAGUCUUCCAAAGAAUAUAAGGCAAAGUCUAAUGGAUGCUUUCUCGGAACUCCCUCAGAGGGUGCUCUGGAAGUUUGAGGAUGAUGACCUUCCAGGGAAACCGAGCAACGUCAUGAUUGCGAAGUGGCUUCCUCAACAGGACGUUUUAGCUCACAAGAAUGUACAGCUUUUCAUGACUCAAGGUGGUCUUCAGAGCUUCAACGAGGCGUCCUAUUAUGGUGUGCCUCUUGUUGGGAUACCAUUCUUUGGUGACCAGGGACACAACGUAGGAAAAAUGCUAGAAGCAGGAAUUGGUGUGAAGCUGGACUUCAAAACAAUCACUAAAGAGAACGUUCUAAACGCUGUGCAGACAGUUCUGGACAAUCCUAGCUAUCAGGAGAACAUGAAGCGCUUCUCUUCCAUCUACCGGGAGCACCAGAGCACGUCCCUGGAGAGGGCGGUGUGGUGGGUGGAGUACGUGAUCCGCCACCAUGGGGCCCCCCACCUGCGCAGCGCAGCCCUCGACCUGCUGUGGUGGCAGCUGCUGCUGCUCGACGUCAUAGCCUUCAUACUGGCUGUGGCGGCCGUGGCUGUGUUUAUCGUGUACAAACUGAUUCUGUGGCUACGAUCUGUGGUUACGCCACCCAGAAAAUUAAAGAAACACUGAGACUAUGAAUGUAGAAUGCGCCAACAAUUUGCCAGUUACCUCUCACAGUGCAGUAGACAGGAUUCAGCAGCCACGCCUAGAUCUAUUUCCAAGUUUUUUGUCGUACAUCUGGCAUAAAGACAUGUAAUGUCCAUGAAGCACAAGAUGAAACUGGAAAAAACAUUAUACUCUCUAUACCUUAACACUGACAGUCGAAAAUAUUGUCUUCUUUGCAGCCCAGUUUCUCAGCGACCAACCAUCCUACUACGGUACUUGUUGCCUUAAGUUAACUGAAGUUACGAAAUGUAAGCCUUCUUUUCUUAUUAAGGUUUUCUGCAGGCUGCUCUGCCUGUCUUUCCAUCCUGCAUUGUAUAUUUCCACUCGCCUUUUAAUGUGCUACCAAACACCAUUUUUAAAUACUUCCAGUAUCUUAAUAUCUAACUAUUUUCUAUUUUCAAGUUUCACAUCAGUACAGUCUUGUAGUUCUCCAACCCGUUUAUGGAAUUAAAAGACUGUGUUUGUCAUUAAUAUAUCUGCUAUUUAAAAACAAUUUUUCAACUACACUACACUGGUUAACAUGUAGUACUUUAUUUUCUCUUUUUUUACACCAUCAUUACUGAAAUCUCUGAAGUAGUCUAUAUUCCUUAAUGAAUCUUCAUUAUUAUUGCUAUUAGGGUUGUUUUAAUUCUUCUCUGUUGCUCUCAGUUUCUUUAUUUCGUUUCUGAGGUCUGUAUUAAGUAGCCAGUCCUUCCUAUUUGUUUCUUCUGUUCACCGGAAUCUGUCUGGUUAUUUCUUAUAUGGACAGUAUAAUCCGUCAAUGUUAGUACUGGUAUUAUAUCCGCUUCUGCACUUCUCAAUACUUCCAUUAUUUAUUACAUUCCCUCUUCAAUACAUCAUUUCAGCAGCAGUGAUAAUAAACAAGACCCAUGAAAUCAAUGGGUUGGUCCCUAUUCUAUCGUUUUGUUUUAUUACUUCAUCAUGAAGUACACACAUGUUACACGCCACAAGAUCAGUUUGUUCUUAAGAUUUUUCUAUGAAACCAUUAGGCUGAGUUAGUCUCUUUCUUCAAUUUUCUACCAGCCAAUACAUUCUAUACCCACAUUGUGGCCUUACAUUGAGUAUUCAAUUCACAAAUGAGGUACUUGUCCUUUUUUGUUAGUUCCUAUAAAUUUUACCUCACUUGUUUAUUUAUUAAAAUCUAUUUUUGAAUCUAAAAUAAAGAUGUGAACAGCUGAAAGAUCUGUAUUUAGACUUAAUUGUUAGGGCUAAAAAGAGUAUUACAGUACAGUGAUUUCCUUAUGACACCGUUCAUGAAUAAUUUGUUGAAAUCUGUACAUGACGUUAGCAUAAUGAGCAUAAAAAACAAAUAAAGCUAGC